AUGGACACGAAAGACGCGCCUCAGCUCAUCGAGCACAUCUGCCACUCUGUGGCAUACACGCCUUUCGUGACUCGCUGGAUACCGCAAACGGCGAAGCUCGUUAUUCUGGGAGAGACUCCGAGGGGGGCAGGGACGCUUUCUGUUUGCUCUUUGGAAGAAGACAGCCUCGCCACAGUUUCAAAGAAUGAAGACCAAGCGAGCAGCUUUAAAAGUGCGACGAUGUACAAGAGCCGAUCAGGAGCGACUUGCCUCGCUGCGGGCCACCUUGACGGCUCGAUGACGCUCUGGGAUCUCGAGAACCUUCGAGAGCCUAUAACAAAAAUAAAGGCGCACAAGGCGUCGGUGAACACCAUCGAUGUGUGCGGCCCUCUGUCGAGAAAAACAGGAGGAGGGGCAAGCAGGGCUUUGCUAGCGACGGGAAGCGCAGACGGAUGCGCCAGUGUAUGGGACACUCGAGACAGCACAGGCGAGGUGCUCUCCAUCGAACCCGCGGCGGGCGAAGAUGCGGCAGACUGCUGGGCGGUUGCCUUCGGGAACGCGGAGAGUUCCGAGGACGCGUCUGCCCUGGCAGCGGGCUACGACAACGGCGACGUGAAGCUCUUUGACAUGCGUGCUGCAAGGCUGCAGUGGGACACCAACCUCGAUUACGGCGUCUGCCACCUCCAGUUCGACCGGAAGGACAUCGCGAUGAACAAGCUCGCAGUCUCUUGCCUCGAGGGCCACCUGUUCAUGGCAGACAUGCGGACUUUCCAUCCGGAAGUUGGGUUUGCGCGAGCCUCGAAAAAGAUCUCCGAAAGUACCAUUUGGGGAACUCAUUUCCUCCCUCAAAAUCGAGAACUCUUUGCUACUUGCACAGGAAAUGGCCAGUUGGCAGUUCACAAAUACUCGUAUCCUAAGCAGCGGGCGGUGGCAGACACAGAGAGCGGCCUGGAGCGCGGCGUUGUUGGUACGUGGGAGCUGCUGAACGACAAGGAAGCCAGCACGCAGCCGCUCGUUUCCUUCGACUGGCAUCCGAACAAGCUGGGGCUCUGCGUCUUUGCCUCCCUCGACCAAACUGUUCGCGUGUACGUUGCCACGAAGCUACACCUCUACUGA